AUGAGCCAAAUUUCAAUGUUUGUACGAAAGCUACAUAAGUUCAGCUACAACCCAAACUACAAGUUCAAAUGUGGUCUUGAAAUUCACACUCAAUUAAAGACAAAAUACAAAUUAUUUUCAUUGUCUCCAACAAGUUAUAACGAACCUCCAAACACAAAACUAAGUUACUUUGAUGUAGGACUACCAGGCACACAGCCAUUAUUGAAUCCCGAGGCAUUACUAUUAGCAUUGAAAGCAUCAGUUGCAUUGAAUUGUGAUAUACAACUGUACUCAUCAUUUGAUAGAAAGCAUUAUUUUUAUGCCGACCAACCUUUGGGAUAUCAAAUAACCCAACACUAUUACCCUUUGGCAAAGAAUGGAUACGUGCAAUUGAACAAGUUUGAUGACAUGCCCGACAAGGUAAUAUCUUUAGAACAAGUACAACUAGAACAGGAUACAGGAAAAACCGUGAAUUAUGAUGACAGAAUAAAUGUUGAUUUAAACAGAGCAAAUACCCCUUUGAUCGAAGUUGUAACCAAACCCGAUUUUGAAAAUAUAGAUCAGGUGCAGGCGUUUGUCAGAAAGUAUCAAUUAUUAGUGAGCCAUUUGGACAUAUGCACUGGUGACUUAGAGACGGGUGCAAUCAGGGUCGAUGCGAAUAUAAGUGUUAACAACAACCCAAGAGUGGAGAUCAAAAAUUUGGGUAGUUCCGGUGAAAUUGUUGAUGCAUUGAAAUAUGAAUACAACAGACAGGUAACUUUGCUACAAAACAAUGGAAAGAUAAUACAGGAAACCAGAGGCUGGAAUGGAAUUGCAACUGAAUCACUCCGAAAAAAGGAAAAUGCCGUGGAUUAUAGAUACGUUCCAGAUUCAGAGUUGCCCGUGAUUCGACUUGACAAGAAUAUACAAGCACAAUUACAAAACACACUUGAUGAAUUACCUGAUUCUGUGCUUGAUAGGCUAACGAAAGAACCUUAUAAUUUACAGCUAGCACAUGCAAGAAAUUUGUUGUUUCAACCAGAAAUAUUGGAUUAUUACGAGAACAUUUUUGGGAGAAUAAGGGACGCAAACAAAUGGUUCUUCCAUGAGCUUUUAGCCGCUUUUGCAAAGAGUGAUGUUGAGUUUCAAGUUGACAUCGUUUUGCCAGAUAUGCUUGUUGAUAUUGUACUGUCUGUGGAAAAGAAUGAGAUUUCAUUAACCGGAGCAAGAAUUAUCUUAAAGCAUAUAAUACGGAACAAGUCAACCAAGACAUUACCACAACUAAUUAAAGAGCUUGAUAUUGGUAAACCAGAAGCCUCAGCUGAGUUGGAGGAAGCAAUAAACGAAAUUUGUCAGCAAAUCAUUAACACAAAUGCAGAUGUUGUCGAAAAAAUUGCUCGUGGCCAUACUAACGCCCUACAAGUUCUUAUUGGUCAGGCGAUGAAGGCUACAAAAGGUAAAGUACACGCAAAAGAAUUUAGAUCAAAAUUUAUGGAACUACUCAAAUAG